AUGGCUUCUGCCAGUACAUUGAUUCUGUUUGGGCCUGGUGUUAUGACCUUGGACGAACCCUACUUCAACCGCAUCUUCACAUGUAUCAAGGACGACGCCCAUCACAGCCAAUGGGCUCUGCAUGCUGCGGAGGACCUUGAGAGUUGUUGGGACUCCUUGUGCAAAUCGAUUCCGAAGCUGCAACGCGUUGAUGGCCGGAAGCAUGCUCGGACAUUAGCUGACUGGCUUCGAGCUGGAACCAUACCACCCGGGUCGACUGUUGCGAAUUUGCCAAAUGCGAUCCUCGGUCCGCUGGUCCUUCUGGCACAGCUUAUCGAGUACAUUCAGCAUCUGAAAUCCGUCAACGGAACCGAGCGAGGGUUCCUCAAGUGGAUGCCUCCCGGCCCGCAGACAGAAGCAGUCGGUUGCUGUCUGGGAUGUUUCAGUGCCAUUGUGGUAUCCGGCAGUUCGUCCUGGGCCCAGUUCUGCCACAAUGCCGCUGCUGCACUCCGGGUGAUGUUUGUAAUCUGCGCUCUAUCUGAUGCGCAAGAUAGCCCUGACGAGACUGGACCGUCUACAUGCCUGAACGCCUUUUGGAGAGGGACACAAUCAGCGUCCACUCUGACGACGGCUUUGGAAGCCUAUCCCAACGCUUACGUCGCUGUCCUAUACGACGAGAAUCGGGCAACUAUAACAACCUCCGCGGGCACUGCUCCUGCUCUGGCGACAUAUCUUGAAACCGUCGGGAUCAAAGCCAGCCUGUCUGAAUUCCACGGCCGUUUCCACACCCCGGAAGUCUAUGAACGUGACAUCCAAGCCCUAUUCAGCUUCUGUCAAACUUGCCCCACGUUUCAAGUUCCAGAUGCUGCCCAUUUCACCAUGCCUACGCGGAUCAACGCGGAGACUCCGAUCAGUGGUCAAGAAAAUCCCCUUGAAGCGGCUACACGCGCAUUCCUUGCGCAACAGUUCAACUGGAUCGGAACCUUUCGUGCAGCUGCUGCCGGCUGCUUGAAAGACAAAAAUGCCCUUGUCCUGGAGUUUGGGCCGGAACGUUGUAUCCCCCCGACGCUCCUCCGCAGAUUGAGCAGACAGGUAACUCACUUCGACCUCGAGGAGAGCCUCCGCAGAUCUCUCGGUGGUGAUUCAAACCCGGAUGCGCGGCCAGUUGUAUCCGAGACCGAUAUUGCUGUUAUCGGCAUGGCUUGUAACGUGGCUGGGGCUCAGGAUCUAGGACAGUACUGGCAGAUAAUGCUGGAUGGCACGUCGCAGCACCGCGAACUCAUACCCAACGACCGGUUUGUCAUGGAGACCACACAUCGGCCUGGCGAGGAGGGCAGCGAGAAGAAGAAAUGGUACGGCAACUUUCUUGACGACACGGCCGUCUUUGACCACAAAUUCUUCAAGAAGUCUCCUCGUGAGGCCCUCCAUAUGGACCCGCAGCAGAGACUCAUUCUGCAGACGGCCUAUCAGGCUGUCGCGCAGGCGGGCUAUUACUUUCAGCCCAAAGGCAACAAGUCGUCCGACCGCCGGAUUGGUUGCUACAUUGGCGCAGUUACCAACGACUAUGAGUACAACAUCUCGCAUGCUAUCCCGAACGCAUUUUCAGCUACAGGCGCCUUGCGAAGCUAUAUCGCUGGAAAGGUCAGCCAUUUCUUUGGCUGGACAGGACCGGCAAUGACCCUUGAUACUGCGUGUUCGGCAUCCACGGUGGCCAUUGAUUUGGCCAUCCAGGCUAUUCUCAGUGGCGAAUGCUCUGCGGCCCUCAUUCGACAGAUCUUUGGGGGUUCUGCCCGCGCGGGCAUGAAGCCGUUGCAGAUUGGCUCCGCAAAGGGCUUGGUUGGCCAUACAGAAGGCGCCUCGGGGAUUGUAGCAUUGAUCAAGGUUUUGCUGAUGAUUCUGGAAAGCCGCAUCCCGUUGCAAGCCAGUUUCAAUACGCUCAACCCCGCCAUUCAAUACUCACCCUCGGACAACAUGGAGAUUGCCAAAGCUUCCCUUCCUUGGACGGACGACCGCAAGGUAGCCAUGAUCAACAACUACGGAGCAGCAGGUUCCAAUGCCUCCAUACUCAUUCAGCAGGCGCCAAAAAUGACCCAAGGCGAGAAUGCCAUGUCAACAGGCUCUGCUUCCUCCUGUCGGUGGCCUUUCUACAUUUCCGGGCUCGACGACAAGGCCAUCCAAGCAUACGCAGCCAAACUCCACCUAUUUUUGCGAGAGAGGCCGGUCUCUGGACAUCACCUUGACAUCGAGAAUGUGUCAUUCAACGUAAAUCGACAAUCGAUGAACGGGUCCCUUGGCCGAGCUGCCAUGUUUGCUGCCGGGUCCAUCGACGAACUGGAACAACAGCUGGGUUCUUUGGAGACUGCCGCUACUCCUGUCUCUACACGACCCGUCAUCCUGGCGUUUGGCGGGCAGGUCGGCAAGGUUGUUGGACUUGACCGCGAGGUGUUUGACAAAUCCACUAUCCUGCGACAUCAUCUCGACGAUUGUGAUAGGGCUUGCAAGUCAAUUCAGGCGGGCAGUAUUUACCCUACAAUCUUUCAACGCGAGCCCAUAAACGACCCCUCGGUCCUGCAGCCGGUGCUCUUCUCUUUGCAGUAUGCAUGUGCCAAAAGCUGGAUCGACUGUGGCGUCGAGCCAGCCGCUCUUGUCGGGCAUUCGUUUGGAGAGCUCACCGCGCUCUGCAUUUCGGGCGUCUUGAGUCUGGAGGAUACCUUACGAAUGGUCCACGGCAGGUCUAAGGUUAUUCGAGACAGCUGGGGCGCAGAGCCUGGGUCCAUGGUGGCAGUGGAGGGUGAUCCGGCAGAUGUCGAAAACGUCAUCGCCGCUGUCAAUGCACAGCUAGACAACAAAGGUGACGGCCGACAUGGCAUGGCGUGUAUUGCGUGCGUCAACGGUCCACGAAGCUUCACGCUUGCUGGGUCUGUCGCUGCGUGCGACGCGGUGCAACAGCACAUCGAGGCCCGGGAUGCAGACUCGAUCCGUCCAACCAUCAAGCACAAGAGAAUCCAUGUAACAAACGCCUUCCAUUCUGGGCUCGUCGAGCCCUUGAAGCCAGAGCUGCUGGCUGUCGGCAGCCAGCUCACGUUCCGCCAGCCUAGGAUCCCGCUCGAGCGGGAAACUGAAGGAUACCGCAAAUGCCCUUCCGACGCCUCCUACGUUGCCGAACAUAUGAGAGACCCUGUGUACUGGCUUCAAGCCGUCGAAAGGCUGGCCAGCAAGUAUCCCGACGCCAUCUGGCUGGAGGCUGGCUCCAACUCCACCAUCACCAACAUGGCAAGCAAGGCGCUUGGGAUGCCAAGGAGUGCAACCUUCCUACCAGUCAACAUAACAGGCGACGAUAGGUGUUUACAACAUUUGGUCGACAUCACCAUGGGACUUUGGAGGGCUGGCGUACAUGUUGCCUUCUGGCCGCACUCGCGCGCACAAACACAUCAAUAUGCGCCCAUCAUGCUUCCUCCCUACCAGUUUGAGAGAAAUCGCCACUGGCUUGACUUUAAGCCGCCCUUGAAACAAGUUGGGCAGGAGACGCAGCCAUCCGAACAGGCCAAAAGCGGUGCGGAGGGAGGAUUCCUCCCACCUUCGGGCCCCUACACGUUUGUUGGCUACAAAGACAACAAGACCAAGAAGGAAUCCCGGUUUCUCAUCAACAAUUCAAUAAAGUCAUACGUCGGCAUCGUAUCUGGGCAUGUAAUUGCGAAACAGGCGCCCGUGCUCCCGGUACCAUUCGCAAUCGACUUGGCGAUUCAGGCCAUCACGAGCAUCUGUCCAGAGCUGACCAACAUCAACAACAAGUUGCAGCCCAGAAUCUACGAGAUUGUGAACCACAGUCCCUUGAUUCACACUGACCCACCUAGAACUGUAUUCAUCGAUUUUGAACGCCACGAUGAUAAUGGAGGCGCAGAGAGAAGCUGGAUCUUCAAGUUUGUGAGCAAACUCAGAGAGACCGGUGAGGAGACCUUGCAUAUGCACGGGAAACUGUCCUUCCAGUCUCGCGACGACGGUCGCCUCCAUGCUGAACUCGGCAAGCUUGAACGCUUUGUAACCCACGAGCGCUGUCUGCGAGCCUUGGAAAGCAACGACGGGUCCGAAGAGGUCAUCCAGGGGCGGAGUAUCUACAAAGUCGGCGACAAUCUUUUCCACUACGGCGACAGGUUCAGGGGCCUUCAAAAACUGGUUGGGCGAUCCAGCGAGUCGGCCGGCCGGCUCGCUCGGGGAAGGUCUGCGGAGGCAUUCGUCUUCGAUCCUACCCUAGCAGAUGCCUUCGAACAAGUUGGCAGCAUCUGGGCCAACUGUAUGGCCCGGGAUCGGCCUACUUCUAUCUAUCUUGUCAGCGAGAUGGAGCAAUGGAUCAGGUCACCAGAUCUUGAGAGCCCGCGGGACGUUGACAGCCAAGGGGAGUGGGAUAUCUUGGCACAGCAUAAGCGACUUCCAUCUGGCGACUUCUUGACGGAUAUCUUUGUCUUCGGCUCGGCAAGCCAAUCUCUUGAGGAGGUCAUGCUCGGGAUUCGAUACAAAUCAGUUCCAGUUGGCCAGCUGCUCACGGGUGUUCCUAUCCCCCCUAGAAGCGCAUACCCUCUUGCGGAACCAUCAAUAAAGCCCCUAACGACGGGAGCUCCACCGUUGAACCCUGUGCUCGUCGGUGAAAGCAUUGAUCGGCAAUCGGAUUCUCAGCCGGCCAUCGCGCCACCACAUGUGAGGAAUGUCAGCAAUGUCAAGAAGGCAAAGGAUGCUCUGUGGCCCAGGCUCCAACGGGUCUUAGCAGAGAUAUCUGGCCUCGAGCUUGAUGAGAUUACGCGAGCUGAUUCACUCGCUGAUGUUGGGAUCGACUCUUUGAUGGGGCUAGAGCUGGCACGGGAUAUUGAGACAGAAUUUGACUGUACCCUGGAGCAAUCCCAGCUCAUCAGCAUCGUCGACAUAACAGGCAUUCUGGAUCUUCUCCAGUCUGUGCUUGACCUCGAGGAAAUCGCUGCUUCCUCCGAUUCUUCCGACACAGCGUCUUCGGAACCAAACAGUGCUGUAUCAGCAGCCAGCCGUGGAACCUCGCUUUCCGACACGCCGUCGACGGCCGAGAAGAGUUCUGACACGGCUCUUAGCCUACCGGCAUCUAUAACCAUUGAAGCCUUCCGCGAAUCCAAAGACCACACCGACUCCUUCCUGAAGAGCCAGGGAUGCGCAGGUUAUCUUGACGGCGUGUAUCAAAAGCAAGUUAGGCUGUGCCUGGUACUUACUACCCAGGCGUUCAAGGAACUGGGCUGUGAUCUUGAGGCAGCCCAGCCCGGCGAUGUGUUACAGCCUGUUCCAUUUGUCGCGCACCACCGGCGCUUCCACGAGUACCUGUACAAGAUGCUGGAAGAGACGCGAAUCAUUGAUAUCGAGGAGGGGGGCGUGGUCCGACGGACCGGCCUUCCGCUUCCUUCUCAGUCUGCCGACGCAAUCAUUGAGGGUCUCAUGAAAAACCCCAAAGGCUACUCGUCGUCCCACCAGCUGCUAUAUAAAGUUGGCUCGAGGAUGGCGGACGUCUUGGCUGGCAAGGUCGAUGGUCCAGCCCUGAUCUUUGGAGAUGCCAAAAAUCGUGAAUCGGCAGCCCAUUUCUACGGCGAGUUUCCGUUUAACAAGGCCUACAUUGAGCAAAUGGGCGAUUUCCUGACCCGGCUGGCUCGCAAGGGGGGCUUGUUGUCCCAGAGCGGUCUCAGUACCCCCUUGAAGAUCAUGGAGAUGGGUGCUGGGACGGGCGGCACUACAAGGGUGCUUGCGCCCAUACUGGCAGAAUUCGGGAUCCCCGUCGAGUACACCUUCACCGAUCUCUCGCCAUCCCUCGUAUCCCAAGCCAAGAAGAAGUUUAAGCAGUACCCUUUUAUGAAAUUCGCCGUCCACGACAUCGAACAGCCCCCGGACCCAGAACUGAUGGGAUCGCAGCAUAUUGUCGUGGCUACCAAUGCCGUACAUGCCACGCACUCCAUUGACGCUUCGACGCGCAACAUCCGCAAGUUCCUGCGCUCAGAUGGCGUUCUGAUGCUGCUCGAGAUGAUGGGCACAUUGCACUGGGUUGAUGUCGUCUGGGGGACUCUAGAGGGCUGGUGGCUUUUUGACGACGGCCGGACGCAUGCCAUUGUGAAGGAAAAGAGGUGGGAGCAGAGCCUCCUCAACGCAGGCUUCAAGCACGUCGAGUGGACAGACGGCAAUCUGCCUGAAGUUGGCGUUCAACGGUUUGUCAUCGCUAUGGCAGCUGAUCUCGAGCCGGGCCUGGCCAAGCAACCAAGCAUUCCUCCCUCACCCGAGCACGACGAGCAUGAUAGCGAGGAGUAUCUCAAGGGUCGAAAGCUAGCUGCGGACAAAUACAUAGCGAGCGCAACUCGAGGCUUCGCGAUACCCGAGGUCUCGCCAGUCGUCCAGGGACCUACAACUGACGACCCCUCCGACUCCUCUAUCCACUCUGUUCUCGUGACUGGUGCAACAGGCAGUCUGGGCAGCCACAUCGUGUCGCACCUCGCCAGCCUACCCUCGAUUGGCACCGUGUUCUGCCUCAACCGCACGCGGCCCACCAGGAAGGAUGAACAGCCUAUCAGCCCACAGCAACGCCAGCGGGAAGCAUUCGAGUCCAGGGGCAUCGAGCUGAACGAAACGAUGCGUGCCAAACUAGAGGUCAUAGAGACGGACACUUCGCAGCCACAACUAGGUCUCGACGUGGCCCAGUACGGCCGACUCGUGGGGCGUGUGACGCACAUCAUUCACAACGCCUUCCCCGUCAACGGACUGCGCGCCCUCGAACAGAACGAGCCACAAUUCAUCGUCAUGCGCAACCUCGUUGACCUCGCAGCAGGCAUCUCGGCACACCGAAAGGCCCGGGACGAAAAUUUCAAGUGUACCUUUCAACAGAUCUCCUCCCUCUCAGCCGUGGGCAAGUAUCCCUUUAGACAGGGAAAUGGCCGCCAAGUGCCCGAGGCCCCCAUGGAUAUCGAAUGUUCCCUCCCCAAUGGAUACGGAGGCGCCAAGAUUAUAUGCGAACGAAUCCUAAAUGACACGCUGGGCCGCCAUCCAGACCGCUUCCGCGCAAUGACAGUGCGGCUGGGUCAGGUGUCGGGCUCGAAGCGGACGGGGUACUGGAACCACGUGGAGGUGCUGGCCUUCCUGUUCAAGUCGGCACAGACACUACGGGCGUUCCCCGCCGUCGAAGGCGUCUUGAACUGGCUCCCUCUCGAAGAAGCCUCCACGGCGCUGGCGGAGCUUCUCCUCCGGCCCAGUGAUGAUGAAUGGUAUCCCGUCUAUCACGUGGACAACCCAGUCCCCCGGGCAUGGGCGGAUGUGGUGCCCGUGUUUGCCGAGGCGCUAGGCGUGCCUCAAGACAAGGGCAUAGUGUCCCUGCAGGAAUGGCGCAGGCGGGUGGCCGAGUUUCCGGGAGAGAAUCCCUGGGACAACCCGGCGGCAAAGGCCCAAGACUUUUUCGAACACAAGUUCGAGCUCAUGUCUUGUGGAGGGGUGACUAUGGCCACUACCAGAGCGUGUAGGCACUCACCAACCUUGAGAGCUGCGCAACCGGUGAGUGAUGAGCUGAUCAGAAAGUAUGUUGAGGUCUGGAAGACUACAGGAUUCCUGCGUUGA